AUGAAUCACAGGAACUCAACGGAUGUUUCCGAAUUCCUCCUCCGAGGUUUUCCAUCCCCUCCUGAGGUCCAAAGACUGCUCUUCCCCCUCUUCCUUUCCAUCUACCUGCUCACCCUUCUGGGGAAUGUAACGAUCAUCUUGUUGAUCCGCUCCGACAUGCAGCUGCUCCAGUCUCCGAUGUACUUCCUCCUCAGCCACCUUGCCCUAGCCGAUCUCGGUUUCACCUCCACUACCAUUCCCAAGGCACUAGAUAACUUGCUGUCUCAGAAGAAGACUAUCUCCUACCGGGGUUGCCUGGCCCAGAUGUAUUUCUAUAUGUCCUUUGGCAACUCGGACAGCUUCCUGCUGGCUUCCAUGGCCUACGACCGCUACGUGGCUAUCUGCUGCCCACUGCGCUAUUCUGCCAUGAUGAGUCGCAACCGUUGCCUCCUCCUGGCCGCAGUGUCCUGGAUCGUCCCCAUAAUCCACUCAUUGCUAUAUACUCUUCUGAUGUCCCGCAUUGACUUCUGUGACUCCGGAGAGAUCCCUCAUUUUUUCUGCGACAUUUACCCUGUUCUGGACGUCUCUUGCUCCGAUACAAGCAUCAUAGAAACUCUACUGGUGACAGAGGGGGUGGUGGAGAUCCUGGGGCCAUUUGUGCUCAUUAUCAUUUCGUACGCGUUCAUCUUCUACACCGUGAUGAAGAUUCCUUCUGCCGUUGGGAAGCGCAAGGCCUUCUCCACGUGCGGCUCCCACAUCUGCGUGGUGGUCUUGUUCUACGGCACUGUAAGCUGGGUGUAUUUCAAGCCGCAUUCAAAGAACUCAGACCACAAGGACACCGCGGCAGCGGUAAUGUAUACCAUGGUGACCCCUAUGCUGAAUCCCUUCAUCUACAGCCUUAGAAACAGCGAGAUGAAGGCAGCCAUGAAGAGGGUUGUUAAGCAGCAUUUUCCAUUAAUUUCUUAA